AAAAUAUCAGCUGAUUCCAUAAAACCACUCUAUAAUCAAUAUGAUGUUCUAUUCUAUGAUCCUUCCUUCUUUUUUAUUGAGGAAGUCAGCCAAAGUACUAAACUCAAUAAUAUUUCUAUUCUGCAUUAAUUAUAAAUAAUACAUUUGAAGAUAAUACUAAUAAUUUGUUGAGUGUAUAAUCAGUUGAGUUAUCAGAAACUAGAGGUACCACUGUAUAAAUAUAUGGAUAAUCUUUUUAAUUGAAAGCGUAUCGGUCUCUACACUACUAGUAAACAAUAUGGCCGAAAACCUCAAAGCAAAUUUACAAAACUAUGAGCUUCAACUUCAGCAAGUUGAAGCUGCUUUGACAACAGAUCCUGAUGAUGAGGAACUUAUGAAACUCAAGUCCGACCUUGAGGAAGUCAUUCAGCUGACGGUAGAAUUAUUGAAAGCUCAAGUGCUUGAAGAAAAAUCAGCACAAGAUUCGGCUCCUACUUACUCAGGUAUAGACGUUGACUCCGAUGUAGAAGAUGGUCAAGCAAGUAAUGCUUUAAAACAGGACUGGAAGGUUGGAGAUAGAUGCCUAGCUCUUUGGACAGAAGACAAUCAGUAUUAUGAAGCUGUAAUCGAAUCCAUUGAAGGGGAAGAAGUGUCGGUCCUAUUUAACCAUUACAAGACCGUCGAAGUUACGUCGUUGGAAUUUAUAAAGGAACUUCCUAGAUCCCAAGAAGCUGAUGCCAAAUCCAAAAAACAACCACAAUCAAAGGUGAGAGAAUACCAAAAGAAGAAGAAGCAAAAGAAAUUGCAGAGGUACAAGCAGCUGGAAGAAGAUAGAGAAUCAGAGAAGAACAAAUGGCUAGCAUUCAGUUCCAAGAGUUCGAAGAAAGGCUUGAUCAAGAAGAGCAUUUUCGCGUCUCCGGACAACGUGAAUGGCCGAGUUGGAAUCGGGACGUGCGGCGUCAGUGGCCGAGGUAUGACUGAAUACACAUCCGCCGAGAAAUGGAGGAAGUAAACAAUACAAUAGUCACCCAAUAAGUUGAUCCAGUCUCUAUUAAAACAAACAUUUCUCGCUCUGGUGUUUCAAUUGUAUAUAUCAUGACUGUAAAUAUCAUUAACAUGUAAAGUAAAUCUUUAAUAAACCAUUUCAUUUCUAGAAUUCA